CCUUCAUUCUUCUUCAGGAGCUGCUGCAUCACUCUCAGGACGGACAAGUUUCGUGUCUGACGGCUCGGCUCUGUCUGUCUUGUCUCGGGUUCACCGAGAUCCCAUCUUCACUUUCAGCUAAUUGUGUUUUGAUCCAAGCCGGGGUGAAGUGGCUAACACUGGGCGUAGCUGGAGGAUUUUUGCUAGCUCUUCUUCGCUGCACUUACUGAGCAGACUUCGCUGCCUCCAGACACCUCUAGACCCAUUCCAUAAAGACCACUAGCCCGGCACGGCUGAGUCCGACUAUCACUGAAAGGGGAGAUGAAGCCGGAUGGGGUUGCCACAGCAGUGCUGGAGCCAAUGGAAACGCUAGAAGCCAGUCCCGUCAAUGAAGGAGUCCCAGUUCCAGGACAGGAGCCUAACCAGGCCGCCGGUCUGGGUGAAAGUCCAGGUGAAGCAGUGCCAGAAUCGAAAGGUGAUACAGAACCAUCUAAAGCCACUGCCAAAACAAGCAGCAAGCUGUUGGGAGAUUCCAAACCCAAGACUCCUAAUAAGAAUACCAAGACAAAACCAGGGUCCACUCCAACCAAGACCAGCAGCACUUUGAAGACCCCUAGCCGUCUCUCCAAUGGAGUCUCUAAGCCCCAAACCAACGGAGUGCUUAAGAAAACCACCACAGCUUCAGACAAAAAGAGUACUCCAGUUACAGCAGUAUCCAAAAAGCCAACAGGGACCACCCCGACACCCAAGAGUACCCCAAAAAUGGCAGAGAAAAAGACCCCUACAGCUAUGCCGCUCCCUAACGGAGCUAAGACAACAACCACAACAGCCAAGAAGGCGCCGACUGCUUCUGCUAACGGAGUUAAAACCAGUUCCUCAUCUACAGCUACUGCAAGGAAGCCUGCAGGCUCUAAACCAGUCACUUGCACUGCCACAAAGCCCAGCUCCACCACCUCUCCCAAACCUGACAAGCCUCCUGUCUCCAAGAAAACCAGGACACCCUCUGGCGCAUCAGCCACUCGUCCUCCCAGUAGCAGCACAACCAAGAGCUCGGCUGCUGCCCCAAAACCUGCCACCCCUAAACCCUCUGCUGCAACAUUAAAGCCAGCUACUCCCAAACCAACAACUCCCUCUGCUGGCAAAGCUCCAGCUUUACAAACAUCCAAGACUACAACUCCUGUGAAAAAAGAUGUUACCAAACAAGCCCCAUCAGCCAAAAAGCCUGUGCAGUCUCCUCGCACUACUCCUGCAGCAAAACAAGAGGCACCAAAAUCAACAGCUAAAACAGAUACUGCCUCCAAAAAGUCCACCACCCUUAAGGCUGCAGAUACAAAGACACCAAACCGCUCCAAACCUGAAAACAAGGCCACACCGCUCAAGGCCCCUAAAACAGCAGCACCCAAAACCACAAGCCCUAAAAAAACUGUAGGUAGCAGUACUCCCACUCCAGUGAAGCGUGGUCCCAAAACCAAUGAAUCUGACAAGGAUGUGGUUGUCUCUGUAGCCAAUGCUGCUGCAAUAGCUACUGCAGCUGCUGUCAUUGCAAAACCAGAAGAGCACCCAUCUCCUGAGGAGGGCAUGCACCAGCCAGAAACCACCACAAAACCACCAACAGAGUCUGUUAGACAACUUAGCCCAACCCCAGAACCAAUCAGAGAGCCCAUCCCGGAACUAAUUAGAGAGCCCACCCCCGAACCAAUCAGAGAGCCCACCCCCGAACCAAUCAGAGAACCCAGAAAGCCCACCCCAGAACCAAUCAGAGAGCCCACCCCGGAACCAAUUAGAGAACCCACACCAGAACCAAUCAGAGAGCCCACCCCAGAACCAAUUAGAGAGCUCAGAAAGCCCACCGCAGAACCAAUUAGAGAACCCACCCCAGAACCAAUCAGAGAGCCCACCCCGGAACCAAUUAGAGAGCCCACCCCAGAACCAAUCAGAGAGCUCACCCCAGAACCAAUCAGAGAGCCUACUCCUGAACUAAAUGAGCAAGCUGAGCUUGUACAUGAUCUUUUUGAUAAGACCAAUGACUCUGUGGCUUCUUUGGGGACCACAGUCAUGUCACCUCCAUGUUCGCCCACAGGAGCUGUAUCCCCUGCUGUAGAAGCACCAAAUGUGUCUCUCUUGGACUUCCAGAACAUACACCGAGAGGAUGAAAAUGAUGACCAAGAUGAAGAGGAGGAGCCAAAUGAGAUGGAGAAUCUGUUGGUCUCCUCUUCCCCAGUUGGUGUAACUUCCAGUGUGAUGGAAGCUCCCGAAACAUUUUCCACUGCUUCUCACUUUGAUGCAUUUGCCUCAGGGAACCUCAUAUCCCCUCAUGAGAAGGAGGAGGCAGUAGAAAAGGCAGAGGAAGAGAUUAAUGAAGAUGAUGAAGAUGAGGAGGAUGAAGACCAAAGGAGAUUUGGUUACCAGCCAUCAUCCAUGAUCACAGAUUUGAGUUCAUCACAGCCAUCAGAGGACCAGGUCAGGUCAUCAGCUUUUGGGGGCUCUUUGGGUUGGCAUGGUGAUGAUCUUUUGUCUGGGAUGGACUCUGAAGAUAUGAGCAGCUGCACCAGCAGUCGACAGCAGGGUGUUUCUGACUUGAGCAGCACGCUGCACACUGCCAUCUUGGAGGGUACACAAAGCUCUGAUGCCCUUGUGGACUCUAGCCUAAGGGGCUCAGAGGGGGAUGCAAACCUUACUGGCUCUCCAAAUGUUGAAACUCUUGCCAAUGAGGAAGAAGAUGAAGAUGAAGAUGAACGUGUGGAUGAUAUGGACCUCAGCUCAGAGAAAAUUGACGAGCAUCAAAAGGUCUUCUCAAAUCAGGAGCAUGAGGAGGAGGAUGAGGAUGUUGAGAUGCACAGUGAAGGAAAGACUGAGAGUGGUGAAAAUGUUGAGGAAGAUUUUAAUGAGGAAGAAAGAUUAGACAACCUCAAUCAGUGUGGCCUUCCAAUAAGUGCUUCAUCAUGGGGACAGACAAACCCCUUCUCUGAUACAUGGGCUCAACCUGCUUCAGUGCUUUCAGUUUCUGCCCCCAGUCCAAUGUCUGAUCAUGGUGCAGCAGACUCUGAAACACCCACCCAGUCUCCCGCACAGACCUGCUUCGACGGCUCUCUCAAAGCCUUUGCACCUCAAUCAGAGGACCUCCAUCAUGCUGAUGCGUCUGCUCCUGCUGCAGAUGUCCCUGUCCGCCACGGUGGCAGUGAGACCAGUACCCCAGAGGACCUGUGUGAAUAUGACAGCAGCUCAGGAGUCGAAUCUCGCUCUGAUAAACAGCAGACCCCAGUGCUUGCUCAAAAUCACCCUGACCUGGAGCAGGACUUGGGAAUCCACAUGGAAAAAGUUGAUGGAGAGGAAGAGGAGGCAGAGACACUGCCUGCUGAUGAGCUUUUGGGAACAGGACCACCGACUGCACCAGUGUCUGCUCCCUCUUCAGCAUCCACAUCAGGAGAUGAAGCCAGUGACACUGAGGGCGAAAUGCAGAUAAAUGAUCCAGAUGAACCAAUGGCAAUGGGUGAGAGUGCUCUGUUUGACAGCCCAACUCCCACAUCUAACCUACCAGCUUUUGAUGAAGACGAGGAGGUUGUGCAAGCAGUAACUGUUGAGGCUGAGGAGGAUGGAGGUGGGGCUACCCCUCAAUCCGCUAACUCUGUGGCAUCUUAUGGUUUUGAUUGUACCAAUUCCAACUCAAAUGCCCACUCUGUGGCUGAGAGCUGUGGGAAAAGUCCAGGGAUUUUCUCCCUGGAGAACGAAGAGCAACUUACAGAGGAAGCCAAGGACCCAUCUCUCAUAAAGGAGCUGACAUCGGCGGGUGCAGGUGAGGACGACUUGUUGGGCCGACCAGUCGACCUUCUUCCCCUGGGCCACCCGGGGGACCACUCCGGUCUGGAUGAGCAUCACUACAUGAUGAGUGCCAAGUUGGGAGCAGACCUUCUGCAUGAUGUUGACCCACAGGAGCCUGGACACCCUCUUGAUAACCAGGAUUCUGGUGACACCGAUGAGAACCAGCCGCCCUACUACUCUACCAUAUGUGAUAAAACUGAUAGUUUUCUGGAAGGUAAUGUAUAAGUCCCUAAUGCUAGCCCCUGGAAUGCACCUUUUCCCCACAACCCUACCCUAUACCUAUUCAUGUUCUCUUCAAUUGGGAUAGAAACCUUAGAAGAUAAAAGGAGACCAAGAUUGUAGGAAGAGAUUUAAAAAAUUGAACAGGCAACUGAAGAUGGGAAAAAUGACUGUAGCAAUUUUUAAAUGAAAGCCUCCCACUUUCAUACUGGGGUUAUGGUUACAAGUAUGGCUUAAAUCUUUGUAAAAUAGUUACUACCGUUUUCUAAUAGAAUGUUGUUUUUAAGUAACACUGCAUAUUCUGAAACCCCUGGAGGGGUAGUGAUUAAGCUUUUAAGCUGUAAAAGAAGGAAUGAAAUGGACUCAUUGUGUAUUUAUCCUAUUGUUUUUACCAAUCAAAUGUCAUCUUUGUUUUGUAUUUUACUUUGUUUUAUAUUCCUUUAAGCCCAGUCUUCCCUGCCUUGUUCACGCUCCAUGUUCAGCAGCACCAUAAUAACGAUAUCACACAUUUCUUUAAUGCAGGUUUUUGUUCAAACUUCAUGAUGUUUUAGAUUUCAAAUAAAGGCUUAGCUAUUAAAGCUUUUUGCUCUUGUCAAAAUAGUUGUGGGAGCAUUAGAUUGCAGUUAUAUGUUUAAUGUGUGCUUCAGGAGUUUUUUGCUAAGGCAUAAGUUACACAGUACCAUAUGUUAUGCAGGCAUUUGGUUUCAUGUGUUUGUUUAUAUCUCAUUAACUGACCCUUUGUUCUGGAGGAAAGUUAAACCUCACUCAUUUUAUGACAAGGCCUUUAACUGUCUUGCAGCAGAAACGACUUACUAACUGAAUCAUAGUGGAUGCUUGGUUUACUAUUUCAACAGUAUAUUGCAUGUUCAACUAACAAAGACUGUAAUAGCUGAAGGAUUUGAAAUUACAUUACACAUGUUCAUAAAAGAAUGGUUCAAAUUAGGUUUCAAUAUCUUUCAAAAUUCCAUUAAAACAUCAUUGCAAUGCAUUCUGUUCCUGUUUCUUAUUUCCCUUAUGGGCCAAACAUAUGACCUAGUCUUUUAUAAUAGUGACUGUGUGUGUAUACAGCUUGAUUUCCUCUAUUAAAUUCCACUCUGAUGUGGGAAUAAC